UGGCGCGUAUGCCACGAAGAGGCGGGAAUUUGUACAUCACUUUGAUGCGCAGAAGCCGGAAUACUAGAUGCAUGAGCUUUAUCAGGAAUGGAUGCGUCGGGCAUCCAGCAGAAAUAGUUGAGACGGCACUCGAAUAUAUUCUCCAAAAGCAUUAUAGUAUGUCGGAAAUCAAGUGCGUCUAUUAUUAAAUUUAAGUUAUUCUCACAAUUACGUACUCAUAAUUUGUUGCUUCCAGUUUGAAAUAGAAAAAGCGAAACAUGUUGCUGCUAUUAACGUGAUUGAUAUUGAUGUGCUCGAUCUACUAUAAGAUCUAAUUAAUCUACGUUUGUCAACAAAUUACGCUAUUAAAAUUAAGUGUCACGCGACUAUCUUAAACGAGAAACUCAUUAAGCAAUUUCAAAGAGCGGCCGACGAAAGGAUUAUGCAUCGUGUCUCACGUCGGCACUGCACAUGUCGUGCCAAUUAAGUGUCGAAAAGACGCAUCAUAUACUUACAAACCGUUUAGAACAUUGGUGUGUGACAUGUAUAUGAAUUGAAUCAUUCAAGUGUUGUAAGACCGCGGUUAAAAGGAGCUCUCCCAAAGUCACAAAAUCGUCUACAGAAUCCAGAUGGCCCAAUAAAUAUUACGUUGCGUUUGCACGUUUCAUAAGUUAAACAUGUUUGAAACCCAGUAAACAGUUAUUCGGCUCUCCAAAUUUCAAGCGACCGAAUUUCAAGUGAUGAUUUUGCUUCUAAAUUCAAUCCUCAUGUCGAUGAUCUAAAGGAAACGCGUGACGUAUGUAAUAUCCUCUCUUUCUCUCUUUCUCUCUCUUAUUCUCGUCUUUUAUAUAGAACACACUAAUACUCUUUCAGGUCACCGUGCAUGACGCAAGUUGUGUACGCUGAGCGUGGUUGCAUCGCUUUCCACUUUUUUUUUCAUUGAUGAUUUGGCGAUGGUUUAAGAUUAACACAACAAGAAGAUGAUCACUGGAAGCAAUAGCACAAUAGCAAACGAAUUCUAUUAUGAAAUCAACGGUUUUUUCCAAAACAUCCAACGCUAUUAUGCGCCGAUUCUCGUGUUCCUGGGUCUGCUGGGCAACUGUAUGUCCGUUUUCGUGUUCUUUGGUACAAAGCUACGUUAUUCCUCGUCCAGCAUUUAUUUGGGAGCGCUAGCAAUAAGCGACAGCGGUUUCCUAAUGACAGUUUUCGUGUCCUGGCUAAAAAUGGUGCAUGUGGAUCUAUUCAAUCGGCAGGGCUUCUGUCAGUUUUUUAUCUAUCUUGCAUCUCUCUGUAGCUUUCUUAGCGUUUGGUUCGUGGUAGCCUUUACCGUUGAACGAUAUGUAGCAGUCAAGUGGCCGCUUCGUCGUCAAUUCUGGUGCACGGUAGCCCGAGCGAAGAUGAUAGUGAUAGGAUUUACAGUAUUAGCAGUUUUGUUAACCAGCCCAGUGGUCGUGUUCUCUAAAAUCUCUGAAAACUCGACUGACUGUGGUUAUUUAGACAAGGAAUGGGAAUCUUGGGCAAUCCCCUAUAAUAUGAUAGAUAAUGUCGUGACAUUCGCCGUGCCCUUGACCAUAAUAGUAAUCUUCAAUACACUGAUAGCACGCAACAUCUACAAACUCGAUCAUAUCCGAAGAACAUUAACCAUAGAAUCCGACGUUUCCAAUGAGAGAGCUCCACGGGACAGAAUGCCGCAGACUAAAGUCACGAAAAUGCUUCUGCUCGUUUCGAGUGCGUUCUUCUGCCUUAAUAUGCCUGCGUUUGUCUUCAGGGUGAUUGCUGUCAUUGGUAAUGAUAAAGAUCCUGAUAAUAAUAAAUCGGUGAUGUGGCUAAUUUGGGCGCAACAAAUGAGUCAAUUAUUAUUCGACACGAGCUUCGGAAUAAACUUCAUUCUUUAUUGCGCAAGCGGACAAAAUUUUCGCAGAGAGAUAGUUCACAUAUGUACGAAGCGUUCAAGUACUAGAAGAGAUGGAACUCUUGUGCAGAUGGAAAUUCAUGGAAAACAGUGUGAAUUUAUGCCUAGAUAUAGCUCAACAAAGCGGCUGCACUUUACCAAUGCGCAACAGAAAAACUUUCAGGAAACGCAAAAGUUCCCAGUGAAAGGAUUAUGAUAUCAUCAGUUUCAAAUAAUCAACUUCGAGUUCCGUAGCUGGAAGCGGACCUACGUUUCCGAAGAAGCGUUGAUCCAACAGUUGAAGAAGUUGAAGCGCUG